AUGGGCCUACUCGGCAAUCUGAUCAGCGAGUUUACUCACCAAGGCGAGAGUAGUAGCGGCGGCCAACAAGGCGGCUACGGCGGCAAUUACAAUCAGCAACCUCAAGGCAACUAUGGCGGUCCCCAGCAAGGUUAUGGCGGUCCACAGCAAAAUUAUGGCGGUCAACAACAAGGCUACGGCGGUCAACAACAAGGCUACGGCGCAGGUCAAGGCACACCUCAAGUCCCACCACCAUGGCGCGCCGUCUGGGACGACCGUGACAAUCGCUGGCUGUUCAUCAACGAGCAGAAUGGAGAACGUACCUUUGAGCAUCCUGGUCGCACUGGCGGGUACGGCGGUGGCUAUGGCAGCAGCUACAACCAAGGUCCUCCCCAAGGUCAAUACGGCGGCUACGAGCAACAGCAGCAACAGCCUCCGAAGAAGAACCACAAUGGGUUAGCCUAUGGUGCUAUGGGUGCAGCAGCCGGUCUUGCUGGUGGUGCAUUGCUCAUGCACGAGGGCCACGAAGUCAAGGAAGACUGGGAGGAAGACAAGUACAGAGCGGAGGAGAAGUUCGAUCGCUUCGAGAACCGCGUCGAAGAUGCCCCUGAAGACGCAGCUCGUUGGACUGGCCGCAAGGUUGGAGAGGUCGAAGACAUUCCUCAAGACAUCGAGAACGACUACGACCGUGCCAAGUACGGCAUGGAGAACAAGUGGGACAAUGCUGUUCAGGAUGUUGAAGAUGUACCCGAGGAUAUCGCUGGCUUUGCUGGUGAGGGUGUCGGCAAGGUUGAGCGCUGGGGUGAUGAUGUUGACAGAUUCGGCGAUCGUAUGGACAACUCCUACGAUCAGGGCAGAGACGAUGAGCGCUAUGACGAUGGCAACAACAACAACGACGGCUGGUAA